AUGCUAAUUGUUACAGACGAGCGGGUUGGCAAAGUCAAAGAUGAAGCUGCCGGUGUCGUGGAAGGGCUUCUAGACUUCGGUAGAACUCGAAUUCGCAAAGGUCUCCGCCUAACAGGUCUCCAAGAGAGCCCUCCAGAAGAUGCAAUUAAACCUAUCUCUCAGAAAAAGCAAAUAACUAAAAUGAUUCGCGUCAAAUCACAAGAUAAGGUUGAUGAUUUUGAAACCACAUGGAUCAACCCAUUACAGGAAGAACCACCGAAAACAGAACCAGUGAAACCCGAAACUGUCCCCAAAAUACCUUCUAUAACGACUCAUGAAGAAGGUAGUCCGGAACCCGAGUACGAAGAGACGGCUGACCUAGCUACAAGUAUAGCCAAACUUCGGUCCUUGCUUGAACAGAAGUCGUCGGAAUCUAAUAUGUCGACGCCGGCUUUGAGUCCUAUGCCACCGGAUGAUCUCUCUAAUAAAAUUUUAUUGGAAUCGGAAGAUGCCGAUGAAACUGAUGGUGUGAUGCCCAGUUUUUAUAAAUUUUGUGCUAAAACGGCAACGGGAGUUAUUCAUAAUACUCUAAACACGAUCAAAACUGCGCUUCCGGGUAAUGUUGCGGAUUGUGAUAGGUACGAUGGAGCAGAAAGAUGGUUAUUUGCAGAAGCCAAUGCCACGGAGGGUGAUCUCUUUGUGCGAAUGUCGAAACUUCUCUGUGAGAGGAAAGUAUUUUGCACAGUUGACACAGCUUAUGAAGCCAUCGAUUCGCUAGGAUCGUUGCAAGAUGGUGACAAACUACGACAGUCCAAUAUUCAAUUUGAAGAUGAAUUAGACGACUUUGAAGUCAAAUUGCCUGUCACUAAAGCUCUAUUGGAUAUUUUAUGUGAGCUGUUAGCAGACACCAAAGAUACGUCGUUAACCCAAGAACCUGUAAUAAAAUCGGUUUUAUUGCUUUUUGGCAAUUAUAUAGAGGAAAGCGUAAUUACUCAAGCUAAUUACUAUUUACGUUAUUGCUGUGCUAAUGCAAAAAUUUCUGCUGAAAGCAAAGUUGAUACUCUCUCUUUAGAAUUGGAAGAGUUCAUCGAUGUUGUCCUUAGUGGAGUUCCAGAUUAUUUCAAGUAUUUAGUUGGUGAGAAAACGUUAAGAGAUGUUGCGAAUUUGUUUGUUGCUUCGUUACAAGUACAGAAGAUUAAUCAAGAUUUGGUGAUGCAAAUAUUUGAGAUUGUUUGUAUGAAGUUGAUGGAUGGGAGUAAGCAGUUAUCGCCUAUUUCCGCUUAAUGAUAAGUUUAACUAAUGUUAUGGCUUUAAAUUAUUUAUGCAGUUGAUGUAACAUGAAAUAGAUUUUAUUGCGUAUGAAAA